AUGGCAGCAAAAAAUAAAUAUUAUUACCAAAGCCGAAACAAACCAAAAUUGCCCCUUUUCGCCCCCCCUUUUUUUAUUGGCCCAAAGCAAGGAACCACCUUUUGGGUAAUCGUCCCUGCGCAUAUAAAGGGCAAUCCUGUGCCCUUUUUUUGGCAAAUAAAUUCCUUUUUCGGUAUGCACAAUAAUAAAAUUUUCCCCAAAUUAUUAAAAUCGUUGUUUACCUUUACCAAAAAAUUUCCAAGCUUUAAAAUAAAAGUAUUAAAUUUUUACCAAUAUUAA